AAAAAGAUUCACAAGAUAUUAGUAAUACCACUCAAAUAAUAUUUUUGAAACAAGAAAUGGAUGUUCAAAGAUCUUCAUACAUUUUCAUUGCACUUUCUAUCAUUGCAAUGUUCUUGAUCACAGGAGUAAAACCAGAGGUAAGAGAUAUUUGUCCAGGAGUGUGCCAUGCUGGAAUUGAACCAGACUGUGACACACUCUGCAUUAGCAUGGGGUUUACUGGGGGUUAUUGUCAAGGAUUAACAUGUUGUUGCAACCCAAAAUCCUCCAAAUCCUCAAUAAUUAAUCGUCCAAUUUAAUUAUUAUUUUUUGUUUUGUAUUACUCUUUUAACUUUUCAUACUUAUAAAACUUUGCUAUGGAAA